AUGGAAAGUGAGAAAGCUCUCAGGAAUAGAAAGCCAGAGACAACUUCAACAACUUCUGCCAAUGGCAAGUCAAGUGCAGUUGAGCAUUCUCAUGAAUCUCACAGUCAUGGUUGGCUAGGCGGUCACUCGCAUUCGCACAGUCAUGGUGCAGAAGGCAGUGCGGAAGAAGCAGACAAGUUGUUGAAAGCCCUCAAAGGGAAAGGAGAUCGUGGAAGCAAUAUCACCGUUGUUGGCUUGAUUGCCAAUUUGGUUCUUUGUGGUGCAAAAGGCUUAGCUGGUGUUUGGCUUCAUAGUGCUUCCUUGCUUGCUGAUGCAGCACAUAGUCUCUCUGAUACAUUCUCAGAUCUGGUCACGCUGUUUUGUUGGAAGAUGUCACAAAGACCGGCAUCACAAUCUCAUCCUUUGGGAUACGGUAAAUUCGAAACUAUGGGCGGUUUGGGUGUUUCGGUCGUCUUGGUUGCAGGUGCGUUUGCGAUCGGAAUGCAUAGUUAUGGUCUCUUGCUUGAUGUUUUGCAACCUCAUUUGCAUCAAAUGCCAUCUGGUUUGCAAGCAUUUGGACAUCUAACUGAAACGGAAAACCUUUUAGAUCCGAAUGCGAUGUGGUUUGCAUUGAUUAGUGUUUUGGUAAAAGAAUGGUUAUAUCAUGCAACACUCAAGAUCGCACGUGAAGAAAAGAGUAGCGUUUUAGAAGCCAAUGCAAUUCAUCAUCGAUCUGAUUCACUUUCUUCUGGUGUUACAUUUUUGGCAAUUGGUGGAUCAUAUAUGGGAUUCCCAGUUUUGGAUCCUUUGGGAGGUUUAUUAGUUGCCGGAUUGAUUGGUAAACAAGGUAUCGAAUUACUCAUCAACGCUUUGGCUGAUUUAUCUGAUCGCGGAGUACAACCUGAAGUUUUGGAUGACUUUGAACGUGCUUUACAAGGAAUUGUGGACGGAACAGAAGAGCUAGAAGGGCCAGCAGCGGCAGCAGGAAGAAGGACGGGUGUGGCUAACCAUGCAACGUCGUCGGAAACAGAAGGAAAUGAUGCAAGAUUGCUCGGUUGGAAAGAUUUACGUGCCGUUCGAAGUGGAGUGAGCACGUUUGUUGAUGUUACUUUGAUCAUGCGUGAAGAUGUUCAACUUAAACAAGCAAGAAUUGUUGAACAAAAAGUACGUGAAAAGCUCAUUUCGGCCGUUAAAGGAGUUAAAGAAGUUCGUAUUCAUCUUGACACGCAACAUGAGAAUUGA